CAUCCUUGUCGGUCGUUCUGCCUUCAUCCAAUCCGGGACCACUGAUCUCUCUCAAUCAUCUUAUCAGAUCAUCUAAUCUGAUCCUCUCGACCCCACCAUCCACCAUAAGAUGCGACCUUCUCACGCAUCGCACACCCCCUCCCCCCAGUAAGACGCACUGGCGGGAGGACGAUCACAUCGAAAGGACCAAACUUACAGACCCCCCCUUGCUGAAGAAAAAAAAAAAGUCAGAGUGAGAGAGGCAUUUUUCCUCUGGUUAUUCUGUCCCGAAUGUGACAUUACAUAGAGCCUCGGAUUGGUAGGUCGUAGAUGAAAUUUGACCCUAAUACCCCGCCAUCUCUUUCACUACGUAGCUUUUUUCUCUUCUUUUGUACUGCGUGUGGGCAGCAAGAGCUUUUUCGUCCCUUUUUCGUUUCGUUUUCUUCCCCUCCCUUUCGUCAUCUUUCUGGGAAAUAGCUGGGCGAUACCCCCCAAGCUUUGAGGCUCACGAUGUUUGGCGUUUCCAACUGGCUGAUCGCGGCCAGCGUGGCUCUCGCCACGGCCGUGUACUGGGCUUUCAAGGCCGUGUACAUGAGAACCAGGUUCAGAGGAUUGCCUCAACCGCCAAAGCACUCAUGGAUCUGGGCGCACACAAUCAUCUGGGAAGAGCUGGCAGCCACCCUCCCGCUCUUCACCCACCCCCAGCACAUCUACACCAUCAUGGCGCAAAAGUACAACCUCGGUGGAAUCUUCUACGUCGACAUGUGGCCCUUUGUCGAGUCCCAGGUCAUCAUCACCGACCCGGACGCCGCCCAGCUCGUCCUCACCACGAACCCCUACCCCAAGCACCCCACCAUCGAGCAGUUCCUGCGCCCCUUCACCGGCAAGGACAGCAUCGCGGCCUCCAACGGCGACCGAUGGAAGUACAACCACCGCAUGGUCGGCUCCGGCUUCACGCCCACCUACGUCAAGCCCAUGGCCGGCAUGAUUGCCGAGCAGGUCCUCAUCUUCCACGAGCGUCUUCGCGCAUUUGCGGCCAAGGGCGAGUCGUUCAACAUGGAGGAGGAGUCAGCCAAGACCAUCUUCGACGUUGUCGGUAAGAUUGUGUUUGGUGUCUCUCUCGAGGCCCAGAGAUCUGGCUCGCCGCUGCUUGAGGAUUUGCGAAACUCGAUUAACCCCGCCACUACCUUCAUCGGCACCCGAAACCCGUGGAAGAAGCGCAAGGCGCAGCAGAAGUUGCAGGCGCUCAAGGACCGUGUUAGGAAUACCCUGGCCAAGGAGAUGAAGGAGAGAUUGCGCAUCCUGCAGGACGAGAAGGAGUUGCCUUCGCGACGACAGGUCAAGAGUGUCUUGGACCGUAUCGUCCUCGACAGAAUCCAGAGCGGACCGGGCAUGGGCCUCGACGACGAAUUCAUCGACACCGCCGUUACCAACCUCAAGGCUCUCCUCCUCGGAGGCCACGGCACCACCACCGACACCUUCACCUGGGUCACAAUGUUCCUCUCACUCUACCCGGACGUCGUCGCACGCCUCCGCGCCGAGCACGACGAGCACUUCUCCCCGGACCUCGACACCACCAUCGAGAUGCUCAUCGCCAACCCGCAAAAGACAAACGACAUGGACUUCACCAACGCCGUCAUCAAGGAGACGCUCCGCUUCUUCCCCAUCGGCUUCACCAUCCGCCAGGCCCCGCCCGGAACGACGCACCUCGAGUGGAACGGCCGCCGCUGGCCCGUCAAGAACCUUAUGGUCAUCCCCUGCGCGCACUCGACGCACAUGGAUCCCAAGGUCUGGGGCGAGGACAGCAAGAGCUUCCGGCCCGAUCGGUUCCUGGGCGAGGAUGCCAAGGAUAUGCACCGCUUCGCGUGGCGGCCGUUUGAGCGCGGGCCGAGGGCGUGUAUUGCGCAGGAUUUGGCCAUGGAUGAGCUGCGCAUCAUGUUGUUGCUCACGGUGCGGUGGUUCGAUUUCGAGACCAUUGUGAACGGGACUACGCAGAGGGUCGAUUAUAUGGAUAUCGAUCACAAGGUGGGCGAUUUGGCUUUCCAGAUGGUUGGUAUGGAGGCGAGGCCGAGACACGAUAUGAAGAUGAAGGUGCACGUCAGGGAGAGGAAGUGAGCCGCCGUCUCUGGUAUGCUACCCUAAGCAUGGCGUGGUCUAUUGGAGCCGUAUUCGUGUGGUUCCUGCGCCGAUAAGCGGCCCCCUGAACGAUUUUGGGGUCGUGGUUUGAAGGCCAGCACUGGUGCCUCAAUCAGAGGCACUGCAAAAUGAGUUGAGGGUACACAGUGAAAAGCAUGGUGGUGUACAUAAUUUGAAUCGUUGUCACACAUUAAUGUCAUUGUCUCAGAGGUUAGCGACAGCUCGUCGGGAAGGCAUCUUGGUGAUGGGCAGUGACUGGGUUUCUCUGUGUCUUAGGUCCGGGGUAUGAUUGAAGCUGGGCCAGACUCUUGGCCUUGAAUGAUUUGGCCAAUGACUUCAGUGAAAUAACACUUCGCUGCAAGACUUUUUUGGCAAUGCG